GACAGAACACUUGGUAGAAAGCAGUUUAGUGUGCUACUCCAGAUUAAUCCACGAAUAGAUCGACUGGGUGCUUAUAGCUAAUGAAGGAAGCCGAGAGCAAACCAAGAGGAGAAAGAAGCGUUCAAAAAAUAUCGUAAGACUUGAUUGUGUUGCUAUAGGCCGCAAAAUUUUGUCCCGUACCAUUGGCUCCCUAGUCCGUGACUAUACGUCCCAAACCUACCUCGAGCUCUGCAUGACUUGGGUUCGUGCAGAAAAGGUGUACCGGUAGGCGUUGAUUGUCACACCUGGCUUUGUUAUCACUUCUUUCACGGACAAGCAUAACCCCCUGUUUGUGAGUGUCUAGACUUGGCUCAACACGGUUGUCCCCAGGCCUGUCCAGAAUGUCAAUGGACUUUAGGAAAACUACCUACCGUCCUAACAGACCCCAUACAAGACUAAGGACGAGUUAUGGAGUUAUGUCCAAAUGGAUGGCGCUUAGCGAAGGUACAAAACCUGGUGAAAAGACCCGACGUGCCGACAUCAUUAUAUAUACAAGAGCCAGUCCACCUCCAGUACAGUCAUCAGGCAGGAUACGAGACUUCCACAAGGCUUACCGACAUUUUGACAGUCAUGCUCAGCCUGUAACAUUCCCAGUACUCGGUCCACCAAGGUUACGUUAUGGACGGGCUGGUGGCAGCUGGAGACACGUUAAGGAGGUGAUGCAGGCUCGUGGGAAAAGGGCGCUCUUUGUUGACGGUCAAAUGCGUACUGAAGAUAACGACAGACUAGAUGAAGUCCCCUGGGGAAACAUGCUACAGCCCCCAGCCCGAACCGAGCUUCUGUCACGGGGAUACACCUGCCCGGCCCCCGGGGACUUCCACACGUCACGUGGGACGUACCCACAAGAUCCUACCUUGGCUGAGCCUGUUGGCUCGGGUUAUGCACAAGACAAUUGGAUGGCUGCCAGGUGACAUGGUAAAAACACGGAAUGAACAUGGCAAAAACAUGGAAUGAACAUGGCAAAAACACGGAAUGAACAGUAAUGAGAUUUUAACAUGGCAAAACACGGAAUGAACAUGGCAAAAACAUGGAAUGAACAUGGCAAAAACAUGGAAUGAACAGUAAUGAAAUAUGAACAUGGUAAAAACACCGAAUGAACAUGGCAAAGACAUGGAAUGAACAUGGCAAAAACAUGGAAUGAACAGUAAUGAAAUAUGAACAUGCAGCUAUACCGUGGACACAUAAUCCCAAAAUCAAACGUAGUGGCAUGUUUUACUGUGUAAGUCGUUAACGUGAGGAUACAUGUAUUUGAAGAUGAUGCGAUUCAGAUUCCUGAUCUGAAUGUGCAUGGAGAGUACUAAUUAUGAUCGACGCCAACCACUUCAACUAACCAACCGAUUAUCACCUAUCAAAGUUGGUUGGGGAUCGAAGCAUGCUGAGAUCUGUU